GUAGUUCGACUGAACAAAAUGGCGCGGAGCUGACGCACCGCCCGCCGCUGCUCGCUUCUCCUCCCCGGAGAUGUUGUGUGUUUCGUCGCCGUUAUCUCUGCCGCGGUUGAGCCCCUCCAUUAACGCCGUCAGCCUUCGUUAUCGCCUCCUGCCGCACGUCAGUCGCUCGGGAUGGAAGAAAUUCGAGAAGAGGGAGUACAGAAGGACUGGUUGCAGGGCCGAGCUCGCGCAAGACGCGCCGUUCGCGGUGGCCAUCGGCGCCUGCAUCCUCAACUCGCUCGUCUUCCCCGCGCCCGGCGGCUCUGAGGAGGACGAUCGCGGGUCGUCGAUGGAUUCUGAUGACACGAGAUUCGCUGUGAUGGGGAUCAUCAGCUUCAUCCCUUACUUCAAUUGGAUGAGUUGGAUUUUCGCGUGGCUCGACACGGGUAGAAGGCAAUAUCUAGUGUAUGCGGUCGUUUACUUGGCUCCUUAUUUGAGGACUAAUUUGUCAUUAUCACCGGAAGAGAGUUGGCUACCAAUUGCUAGUAUUCUUCUCUGCAUUGUUCACGUCCAGCUUGAAGCAAGCAUAAAAAACGGAGACUUGCAAAAUAUCCAGUUGUUUGGUGAAAUUUUAAGGACGUUCAGUGGGAUGAUAGGAAAGAAGGAAUCUCAUUCUCAAGUUUCUAGAGGACCCAGGAAGGAGAGAAAGGAACAUAUGAAAUUGCCCUCUGCUCACGAAGAAAUGAAAAAGAAGAUCAGAGACGGGAGUGGGAAGAGAAAGGUAGGCAAUGAUUCUAAUGAAGCCGACAAUGCCAGAGAUAAGGAGCACUAGAGAAUCAUGUUGUGGUCACUUAGUUUUGCCUGACUCAUCCAAAAGAGAAACAUGGAAGCAAAGCCUCAGGCCAGUUAUAGAGACAUGAAAAGGCGCCUCAGGGCAGGACCCGAGUCCAACCUUCAUUCUCUUCAUUUUCGUGAGCCGAAUGUUUGUUCGUGCUGUUCAACCAAAAGAUCUAAAGAAUGGGAAUCGUUUGCAACGUCCCAUACGAUAGUUUCACAGGAUGUAAUUGGAAGUGGUGAUGUGUAGUUUUCUGAAGUGCAAAAGAAAAUUGCAAGUAAUGAUAUUUGCUAUGUUAAAAAGAUAGGUAAGGAUAAAUUUUUUCUUGAUCUUUUCUGGUUUCCAGGGUGCCUGAAUAUUUACAGUUUUAUA